CUCUCUUUCUUUUUAUUUUUUCUCAUUUCCCUUCAUAUAUUUUAUAUUCACAUUAUAUUUAGUUUGUGAAAAAAAAAAGAUGAAGGCUCAAGCACGUCGAAAAGUUUCAUAUGUCAUCAGGCAGCCUAAUGGAAGAAAAGCUCAUUGUUUAGGUGUGAACUCUUUGGCUAUUGAUAGUAGUGCUGUUUAUAACAAUAAUAUAACUGAAGGUGGCAUUCUUUAUUCUGCUGGUAGAGAUGGUGUAGUCGCUGGUUGGAAAUUACAUAUUCCUUUAAAACAACAACAACUUGAAGACGAUACUUGGAUACACGAUCAAGAGAUAUUGUCUUCGACUCCAGCUACUUGUGAUGCUUUUUCACAAAUGCAUACAGAUUGGGUGAAUGAUAUUGUGGUGUGUGAACAAGGCACAAGUGUGGUAUCCGCAUCAGCCGAUAGAACUAUCAAGUUAUGGAAACCUUAUAGUGAAGAUUCCCAUCAAGCUCAUACCAUUGGAUGGCAUACGGAUUAUGUGAAAUGUUUGGCUUAUGCACCACAAGCAGGUUGGGUGGCUAGUGGUGGUUUGGAUAAACGAAUUAAUAUAUGGGAUUUAGAAAAAAGAGAAGCGUCUCUUACUAUUCAAGUUGGAUCGAUGAAUAUCAAUAAUGAUCAUUCUGGUGAUACAUCAAAUACAUCGCAUGGAACUUCUUCAAAGUCUUCUAUUUAUGCUAUGGCAGUGAACCCUUCAGGUACUCUACUAGUCACUGGUUCUCCAGAAAAAGUUGUGCGUAUUUGGGAUCCGAGAUCUGGGAAACGGGUCAGUAAGUUAACAGGUCAUACAGAUAAUAUUCGAGCAUUAUUGAUUAGUCACGAUGGUCAACAUGUACUAUCAGGAUCAUCAGAUUCGACCAUUAAACUCUGGUCAGUGAAAGCACAACGAUGUCUUACAACCUAUGAAACACAUACAGAUUCAAUUUGGUCCUUGUAUUCGGAUCAUCCUGAUCUCAAGACAUUUUACGCAGGAUCUCGUGAUGGAUUGGUAACCAAAACUGAAUUACCAAGGGAAGGUGCGAACGAAAAACAUGAUGAAAGUGAAUGUAUUGGUUUAUUUAAAGAAAACUCUGGUGUUGGCAAGAUUGUUGCUUUUGAUGAUACUUAUAUUUGGACAGCUACUUCAAGCUCAAGUAUCAAUCGAUGGUUAUCUGUGCCUUCAAGAGAAAAUCGUCAAGUCCUUACAAGAUCUGAUUAUAAUCCUGAUAUUCCACCCUCUGCUAUAGUUAGAUUACCUCCUACUCAAACUGUAUUCUCUCCUCAAGUACCUGAACACUUUUUACCCAAUGAUAGUUUGACAAUUUAUGCUGGAUCCGUCAUGUCUAUACCAAUGAGCUAUAAUGAUGAAGAUGAUGACUCUACUGAAUCACUCACUCCUUUACGUGAGCAACCUGAUCAAACUAUAGAAGGAAAUCCUGGUAUUACUGCUCAUUUAGUGUUACAAAAUCGACAUCAUGUACUAACAAAAGAUACUACUGGGGAUGUAGCUUUAUGGGACAUCGUUCGCUGUACAGAAAUCAAGAAGUUUGGACAACGUAGUCUUGAAGAAGUGGCGCAAGAAAUAAGUGGUAUUGAAAGCUUCCCUUCUUGGUGCUCGGUGACAACCAAGAUUGGUGCUAUUACUGUGCAAUUACUUGAAUCUAAUUGUUUUGACUGUGAAAUGUAUGCUGACGAAAUAGGCCUCCCUAUCGAUUAUCAAUAUCGUGAAGAUCAAAGAGUGAAUCUUGGAAAAUGGCUACUGAUCAAUCUAUUCUCAUCAUUCGUCACUGCGGAACUACAGGAGCAAGAAAAAAGUCUCAAGGGUCAUGAUAAUGAAGGAAUGGAAAUAGCACAUCACGAAGUUAGUUCGCAGGAUGGGACAAAUACUUCUCAACAACAACAAACUAAGUCAAUUACAUCAUCUGAUGCCACACCAACAAUACCUGCUAUUCAAAAUGAACCGACCCCACCAACACCAACAGUGACUGCACUCAAAAUUCCUCUUAGUGCCGUUACAACCAACACUGACAGCUCACCAUUUCACCCCAGUUUAUCCAAUAGUCCACUUGAUCAACAGGGAGGAACGCCGCCCAAUUUUCCAUCCGUUAUCACUACAAAUGGAACAAGUGUUUCUUCACAGACGAAUGGUCCUUUGACUGCUCCACCUACCACAGGUCGUUCUUUUGAUUAUUUCUCUAAAUCGCAUCAACCUGUUCAGAAUCAUUCAUCAGUUCAACCUCCACCGCCAGCCGCUCUCUCGUCUUCACCAGUAUCACCUACUAAUUCCAACUUUAUGCAUCGGCUCAAAAAUCUAUCAGUCAAGGCCAAGCUAGCAAAGGUUCCCAACAGUGAUGAUAAGUCGGAAGGCUAUACUACGGAAGAAGACAAACAGACUUCAUUUACUUCAGUUAAUGGGAAUGGAGAUACUGACUCUGCCUUGACUUCAAAUGGUAUCUUACCCGGGAAAAAUGAAUCAAACUCGACUACAACGAUGACUGAUGAUAACAAGCAGCAACAAUCACAGAAUUUCCCACCGUUGAUGAUUCCUUCCUCCACCUCUAUUAUUAUUGCGGAAGAAAGUGCUGAAGCUUCGACAAGUAUGGAUUUAUAUCGAGGUGAAGCCAGUUGUGUUGGUGAAGAUCAUGCUUUGAUUUCCAAAGUGGCUCCUUCUUGGUUAUUGGCUUUCCUAUUAUACAACAAAACACCAAGCAAAGAAACCGUCAAAUUAACAUUUGUAUUGAAACCACAUUCAGAAACUCAGUUACCAGAAUUGCCAGGAGGACCCAACAAUCGAUUAUUGGCCAAUCGUGUACUGCGCAUUCGAAAAUUACUUCAAUAUGUGGCUGAAAAGAUAGAAUUGGAUCCUUUACCAGAAGUGGAUGAUUUGGAACUACUUUGUGGAGAUACUGUUUUAACCCCAACAAUGACCUUGGCCUCUGUGAAGCAACACAUAUUGAAAUCAAGUGGUGAUGUGAUUUUGGCCUAUCGAUACAAGAAUGAAGCAUCUUCCCUCCCUCUGACUGACUCCUGAAAGAAAAAGAAGCAACUAUUAUAAAACAAUAGCAAUAUUAAACUAUUCUAUACUCUGCAGGUCGGGGGGUUCUACAUAUAUAUAUAUAUAU